UAAUAAUUUGUGACGCGGUGUAUUGUUCCGCGCGUUUAUGAUUGGCAGGCGUUUGCGGGUGUUAAAUGAGAGGCGUGAAGAUGGCACUUCGAGGAUAGAUAGCGAUCUACUCCCAGAGGUUCAACUUGAAAUCGAAGGCUAGACACCACGUAACACGUUCUUACAUCAGAGGAGUAUACCAUAGACGGGUGAUCGCCGUGUGUUUGCUCACUCUGCGUCCCAGGUUCGAAGACGAAGGAUUCUCCCCCAGGCCUCUAGUACUCAACCAUUUUGGCGUUACAAAUCUCUACUCGGAUUCUGGAUUGAACACGAUAACGAAACAGCAGUAUUUUACACGGUUUCAAGCAAAAUAUACGGACUUACUUUGAAUAAACUGUUGACAAACGGGACUCGCCUGAAACACGUCGUUGCGGUUACCAGAUGUGGACAUUCUUUGCGAAAAUACUGUGGACCUGUUCACAUUUUAGCGAGGAGUGAAACGCAGAGCUUUUUUGCAAGUUCGUCGCAAAAAAGUGAUAAUUUGCGCUAAUAAAAAAACUGCACUAAAUUGAACUUCAUAAUUUCGUCGGCAAAUCCGGACAAUUUCAUCGAACUUGUGAGAGUUUAUAGGAGCAUUUCUACCUCAAUCACCAGCAUGACUUCGACAUUUCGUGCCGACCAACACACGCACAGACCGACGUCUUUCUUCAUUGAAGACAUCUUACUGAACAAACCGAAACAAAUCUAUCGAGAGUUUCAGCCCAUUACGCUGCCACGAAAUCCGUUAGCUGAAUAUGCCAGCUAUGCUUACAUGAACCCAGCGUUCCUUCAACACCAAGCCUUAGCCCAUCACUACCUCCCAAAGCCAGGAGACCACCGGUUUUUGCUGCCAGCUACGGGACUAGGCGGCAUUGGUUUCCCCUCUCUCUUCCAACAUGACUCGCCCGGCAAACACUGCAGGCGGCGCAAAGCCCGUACAGUCUUUAGCGACCAGCAGUUGAACGGGUUAGAGAAGCGUUUCGAGGCCCAGAGAUAUCUCUCCACGCCGGAGCGGGUCGAGCUUGCUACGCAGUUGAAUCUCACAGAGACACAGGUGAAGACAUGGUUCCAGAACAGACGCAUGAAACACAAAAAGUUACAAAGAAAAGCACCGGGCGAAGAUUCAGCAAAAGAUGACGAGGAAGACGAUCGUCUCGGCUCAUGCUCACGCUCAUGCGCAGAUACGGACCGCGAAGAUGACAAUGAUAGUGAGAUCAGUAUUGGGAGUCCUAGGCACGAGCUUUUAGCAGACAAUGAUUCAGAUAUAGACGAGGAUGGCCGGGAAAGUGUUUUGCACACGGUUCAUCAUAGAGACAGUAAUAUCUCACUGACAGAAAACCCAUGAAAAAUAAUACUUUCGGGAAAAGAAUUGAUAUGAUAUUGUGAUGUGACUUUUUUGUACUUAAAUUAUAUGGCAUUUUAUUGUUCUGAUCAGGUGAUGUUAUGUGAUGACGUCAGGGCCAGCUCUCUUUUAGCUCCACAUGCGUGCAAUAUAAUGACCGUUGACAAUAAGGCAUGAAAUGAGGUGACUCGACGUCAUCUUGUUACUUCCUCUGGUUCCUGAUUGUCAAUAACUUACGUAUGGUGUCCUAGCCGGAAAAAGGUCUUGGCGAGUCCGAGCAAGAACAUGAGGUUUGGAGGCGUCGGAAGCAUUGUUGCUAAUGUUCGCGUUAACAGUAAGUUAGCACCCAGGGUCGGCAUCUAGUGAACGUAGCAGUCUCAUGAUAAACGCAACAGAUGGUCGGUGGCGGUUUUUUCCAUGCGAUUUUAAAAUCAUUUGUAAACACUAAAAUCGAAUUGAACUCAGAAUUAUUGUUACCUGCACCUCAAAUUUGUUCUCACAAUUAUUGGUCAUCGUAUUUUUGUAUCAUAAACACAAAAUUACAUGUCAGUUGGGCUCCGUGCAAUAUUUAUGAGAAACCACAUCUCCCGGCAAAUAGCUUGACACUAUACAUAGAUGUACUUGGUCGAAAUCAUUCAUAGAAAAAGACAAUGAUGGAUGCGAGAAAUUGUAACUCAGGAUAUCCCUGACUUUAUAAAUCAGCGAAGCGAGGCCGAGGUGCAUGUUUUGACAGACUCUCUAUCCACGGAAGGAGUCGGCAGUCUUGUUUUACAAGGCUAUCAAACUUGACGUAAAAUCAAAUAAUCCGUCAAUCAGUGAAUUGACAUGUUGUAUUCGAUAUGGCGCCCGGGUGUUGACCGCGGAUAUGGCGCCCGGGUGUUUACCGCGGAUAUGGCGCCCGGGUGUUGACCGCGGAUAUGGCGCCCGGGUGUUGACCGCGGAUAUGGCGCCCGGGUGUUGACCGCGCGUACAUCAAGUCCAGUUUCCUUCAGUUUCAAGUAUUCAUUCUCGUACCCAUGCUAUGUUAAACCUUAAGUUUAUAUUCUAAUCCAUAUUUUGAAAGUUACAACAUAGCCAACAAUGAAUUGAGUCUUCUAAAGCAGACGGAGGUUGAGAGAGAGUGUCACAUGUCAAGUUAUCCUUAAUCCGCCUCCACACACACGACUUGUCAAGGUCAUGGAUUUGAGAGGAGAAAUAUUGUCACCAUAAACUUCCAGGAAUUGUCUCUCCACAUGUGAUUAUCCUGUGGUGAAGCUGUCGUCUGCUGGUGGUUGCUUAUAAAUUCCAAACUUCUUAUUCCUGCAGUAUCGACAUUCCGUCUGUGUGAAGGGCGAUUCCAUUCAGUUGGUGGGAGGGGUGGGUGGCUUGGUUUAAUUGAGGGAAAUAUGGUAUAAUCACGGCAGCAUAUAAACAUUCUAGGAUGAUACUAGAAGAAAUAGAGUGGAAGUAUUCAGCACGUCAUAGCAGGGUCGUAUUCAACUCUUUGGUCCAGGGGGCAAUAGGCUUUGGGUGGCUCAACACAACAUACUGACCACGUGAUCAUUGUAUGAUCAUGAAACAAAAUACCGUAACUUUCCAAGUUCACAUUUUCAUCGACCUACUUUUGUCAUCUAUUUCUGCGUGUUGCGUCAUCACUAUCUGGAUGGUCGUGUUAUGGAUGGUGCAUAUAAAUAUGGUACUAUUAUUGACAUUUCUUUAAAAUGUAGCUAAAUGCUAAUUUAUA